CGCAGUGGUGGAUAGGCUGAGCCAUGGGAGGCUCUGAGUGAGGCCCAUAACAUUCGAAGAGCGGCGAAUCAAUCGGACCCAUUUCAAGCGCUUUAUCUAGAAAUCCAACUUUUUCUAGGCGCAAAGAAACCAAUUAGAUUGAAGUUUGAUCAACAUUCAGAUACACGAAUGAAUCAUUGAAUUCCACUCUCUAAUUUUUGUUGAUUUCUUUUUCUUCUUUGUUCGAGGAAUGUUGGUGGGUCAAUGUCAAUCACACCGCGCGUUUUGAUUUUGGAAGUUCUCGAUUUCCAUCCUCCAAUGGCGGCCGCGACUCCUACAAAUCGCUUUUCACGAAGAACUUCGUUGACCUCCGCCUGAAAAUCCCCAUUGUUUUCCGUUUUAUCCUCUGAUUUCUGUUCGUCUUUGUACCAUUUUAACCGACACACGACGGAUGAUUCUGAACAGCGUUCUUCAAUUAUUUGCCUCAAUCGCUUUGCUCUUUUCGCGGAUUGUCUUAUUUUCUUCGUUUUCUUCGAUUGGAUGAGCUUGAGCCGAGUGUUGGAGUUCUGAAGGACUGAGAGCAAACUCACUGUCUCGUUUUAGAUGGACAUUGACUCACAAAGAAUCUUGGAGGAGUUUCCUCAAUCCACUGCUCACAUCAUCAUGGACAAUAAUCAACAAGUCAACGAACUUGGUCCGGUUCAGCCGCUAACUUGUGCGUUCUGCCGAAGUGUCCUAGAACCUGAAAACGAUGCCACUGCUGAAUCUGAAGCCAUUGGUAUAUGUGGCGAUUGUAAAUUUUUGUUAUUCGAAGAUAUUGAAACCCCUUUACGGGAUUCGUCUCACAGGACAACGCCAAGAGGAAGAAGAACAAGGCAUGGUAGUUCGGAGUCUGCUGAAAAUCUUUUUUCACAGGAAUUUACCCAGAUGAUUAACUUGGUGAGGCAAAGACAAUCCAGCAUCUCUGGUCACGGUGAUCGUUAUACCGAUGGUUCCAAUGCUGCUGAUUUCAUGCAGCACUCGAGUUCCCAUACGACCCCUAAUCAAUCUAGAAGAUGGCGGCAAGUAUAUUCCGACUCUGAAAAUGAUGGUUUAGAUAGUUUGGACUCUAUGUUUGGGGAAAGUGAAUCAAAUUUCAGUUUUGGACCUUACAGGCAUUCUUAUGGUGAUAGUGAUGUUGUUUCCUAUAGAACUUAUGGGGGUGACUCAGAUGCUUCCCUGGAUGGACAUAGUUUCUUGGAUACAGACAAUUUUGUUCUUCCAGAUGAGGGAUACGAUGUCGAUACCGAUACAGACAUUGAUCCGAUGCGUGCUGGUGUCGUCCAUUGGGACUCGAGCGAUGAGGAGGAUGAUCGUGGUGAAUUAACAGAAGCUGACACAGAGCAUGAUGCACUUCAAGAUUUUCAUGUUUCUAGUGCUACUGGGAGAGGAAACUAUGGUAACUGGAAUGAAGAACUUUCUUCGUCCGAAUACGAGGGUUCGGCUCGUGAUUCAAUUACCAACAAUGCACGGUCGGAGUUGGGGGAUUCUGGUGACUACCUCGACAGACAGGGUUCGUCUCCUGGGCAAAUCAGGAGGAACAUGCGAUUUUAUUCGAUUACCAACUACGCACAAUCGGAAUCAGUAUCUUACGUUGGGGAUUCUGGUGACUAUCUUGACAGACAAAGCUUUGAAGAACUGCUCGAGCAAAUUGCCGAGACGACCAGCUCAAGACGUGGAGCGCCUCCUGCAGCCAUCUCUUUUGUGAAAAAUCUCUCACGUUUGGUGAUUUCUAAAGAACAUUUGAAGCAUGACAGUAUAUCUUGUGCAAUUUGCAAGGAUUUCUUUCUUGUAGGGGUUGAAGUGAAUCAACUGCCUUGUCUUCAUCUCUACCACCCUCCCUGCAUCUUGCCAUGGUUGACUGCACGGAAUUCGUGCCCCCUUUGUCGAUACGAGCUUCCAACCGAUGAUCGUGAUUACGAAGAGGGAAAGCAAAGUAGUACCAAUGCUGCAGAGAUCCAACGACUUCAGCAUCAAGUAACUAGACUCGAAAGUCGCAGCGACUUGAACGGAGUUGGAGCAAAUCCAGAGUUCGAUACCAGCCAAGGAGAGGAGCUGAGCAACAUAGACCCUGCAGUUAGUAAUAGUUACAAUUCAGGCAGAGGUCGACGAAGUUGGCUAUUCGUCGCAGCUCCGGUAGUUGGUCUCGUAGGCAUUGCCCUGAUGUUUUGGGUCGGCAAUCCUUCUGGAGGGCGAAUUACAGACAGAAGGCAGCUUGAUACACGCGGUGCAGAUUCAUCAAACCAAAGAGAGAAGAGAACUAGGAGAUGGUGGUUGAAAUGAGUCAUUUCAAAUAAAUUCAUUGCUCCAGCCUAGAAUACGAUUAAUCCAACAUGGGCUACACGAUAACUCGAGCCUUCCCAACCCACCAAGUGAA